AACCACAACCGUCACCUCCUCCGACCUCACUCAUGUCGGACGAAGGGCAACCUCCCCAACUCGAAGUCCCAUUAUCUCAUGCCGAUACCCGUGAUGACUCCCAGCUACACGAACAACCCGACUCCCCCUUGAAAGACCCCUCCAAAAUCUACUACCAGGCCAACCACGUGCGCCGGCUCAUCAUCGCGUCCUACUGGCUCGUCAUCUUCCUCGCGCUGCCGCUGUGGUGGAAGACCACGAGUAUUGAGCGGUUGAGCUUGCCGCAGGGGAGGAUAGGCGCUCUAGGGGAUAAGAAUCUGCGUUUUGAUAUUGGGAUAAGCGUUCCGAAUGGGAGGGUGAGGGAGGCGUUAGACACGCCGGCUUUCAAGGAGAGGCUCGUGAGUGCGGGGGUGGAUGUACAUGCGACCUCGAGUGAUAAAUAUGACUAUCAGGUCCUCUUCCAUGAUGGAGACGACACGUACAUCCAAGGGCGGCGCGUGUCCUUCCCUCGAGAUGUCAGCGAUGAUACUGUCCUCGACGUACUCACGUCUCUGCUCGUUCCUCAGGCCGUUGACCGUCGACACGAGCAGCAUAUCGUGCCCUUCGCGCCGCGGUACCAGCUGUCUUUCUCUUUGCUGAACGAGGACGCGGCGGAUGGUACCAGCAUGCUUUCUUGGCCCAUACGAGAAAACAUCAAAAAACAUCUGUCCCCGACACUGAACGAUCUCGCCAGCCUCUAUAACUUCACUAUCGAGAGUCAGGUUCAAUUCCACGCGCCUUUGGCUUUCGAGCCAGUAUCCUUGCGGUUGGAGACUGACGCCGAGGGUACCGACGCUCAAUCUGACGCCUCUGAGGCGAGGGAGGCCGGCUUGACACCCGAGCAACUCACUGUCUUCGUUAACUCGGCCGAGUGGUCCUUGUCGUCCAGCGUCUCCAACGACCCCGUCCUGCACUUCCUUCUCUUCGUGCCCAAGCGUCCGCUAUAUAUCCUCAACGACUCCGGCGAACCCUCGCCUUCGCGCGCCUUCCUCAUCCCGCAGUGGGGCGGCAUCGUCCUCGCGGACACGGACCUCCUCACCAGCGACCCAGCAGCGCAGGUGGACACGGCAUUCGCGACCUUCCGCGCGCAGCUCGUCACCCUCCUUGGCGUGCCGCAGCUACCAGCAGGCAUCACCGCGCGCGUCCCAUCGGGGCAUAUUUCAGCUUGGCAAGCCGAUGCGCUCCUGCGCCGGCGAGCGAGGGAGAGCGCACAAGAGGCGCGUGACACAUUGAGCAGUAUCUCGCGGCUGGUGGACCAGAUCGAGAACAUGCCGGUUGGGGCGCGCGUCCGGGACGAUGUGCAGGGGGCGCUGCAGGCUUUGGAGAUGGCCUAUUCGUCCGCCUCGGCCUCCAUGCUCUCUGCCUUCCAGCAUGCCGCGCAGGCGACGGUCCUCGCCUCGCGAGCGUUCUUCAGCCCAGGGAUGUUGCAGCUGUUGUACUUCCCGCCGGAGCAUAUCUACGCGGUGUACAUGCCGCUCUUCGCGAGCGCGCUCAUCCCGCUGCUGGCGACGGCAGCGCGGGAGGUGAAGGCGUGGAGAAGGGAGCGAGCGGUACCCGCGGCAUAGUGUACUGAGGCCUCUGAGUACAUCGAACAUCAUACGCAUGAGAGCUUCCUUGAUUUGUGGCAUCGUUUCGACUUGUGUCCGAUAGAUCUUGAGAUUCAGCGCAAUCUCAGCGCACAGUUGUCACCUAGCAAGGCAUCCCACACUUCGUGGGGAACGUCCUGACGAUGCAUGAUUACGCGUAUAUUCCUAGGGUGAUCUUGCGCUGCUCUAGUACAUCCUGCAGCUCUGAGAAGGUAACAAGCCUCGG